GACUACCAAUAUGGCUGCGCCCUAUAAUGAAACGUCAAAUGUAAAAGAAAAACGUCUUUGAAAAUUGAAAACUAGAAUCACAUGUCUUCGAAUAAUACCUGAUACCCCCCUUUCUACAAAACCAAACUUGAGUGCAGACAAAGACAAGAUGGUGUCCCAUCACCGUAGAUUGGUGGAUUUUGAAAAGGAAUACAGGAAAGAUCCGGAAGAAAUCAGUAUUUGUGACAGGUUAAAGACAUGGACUCGACGUAAAUACGAACAAACUAGUGCUAAGAAGAUAUUAUUGAGUAAUCUCCCCUUUAUAACGAUGAUACGCAAUUAUAAACGAAGCGAUAUUGUUCCUGAUUUAAUUGCUGGAUCAACUGCUGGAGCUAUGAUGAUUCCACAAGGAAUGGCAUUUGGUGCAUUAUCAACACUGCCCCCUAUAGUUGGGUUAUAUAUAUCACUGUUUGCACCAUUAACUUACUUCUUCCUUGGUACUUGUCGACAGAUCUCUAUGGGUUGUAUAGCGGUCUUGAGUUUAAUGAUGGCUGAUAUUUUAGAUCUGUAUGACGAGAAUACAAAAAUAGCUGCCGCUUCAUCAACUGUUUACGCAACAGACAAUAUGACCUCUCUGUUUACUGACGACAUAUCACCUGAUAUCCAGGCUAAGAGAAUUGAAGUGGCGGCUGCCGUUACUUUUGUUGUUGGUAUGAUAACCAUUUUAUUGUCAAAGUUAGGACUAGGGUUUGUGACAUGUUUUAUGUCCAACUCUCUGAUAACUAGUUUUACUGUGGGUGUUUCUAUACAUGUGUUCACAAGUCAGCUGAAAAAUGGUCUUGGCUUAAAGUUGGAGAGGAAAUCAGGUUUAUUUAAACUGCCAAAGACAUGGUAUGAGGUCUGUGUUCAUCUUCCCGAGGCUAACGUAGCAACGUUAAUAACAUGGUUUAUCUGUAUUAUAAUAAUCUACCUGGUAAAAGCUCAAAUCAACGACAGAUUUAAAAAGAAGAUGAAGAUACCAAUACCAAUAGAAUUAAUCAUGGUUAUAUUUGGAACGGUUGCAUCAUAUUUUCUGGAAUUAAAUUCCAACUAUCAAGUAAAAAUUGUAGAAUAUAUACCUAAAGGAAUACCUAGUCCUAAACUACCAGACGUAACUCUAGCUACAGAUUAUUUAGCUGAUGGUAUAUUAAUAGCUGUAGUCUCCUAUGCCCAGACAGUAGCUUUAGCUAAAACUUUUGGUUUAUUACAUAAAUAUGAGAUCGACCCCGAUCAGGAAAUGUUUGCAUGUGGUGGAGCUAAUGUUGUGUGUUCGUUAUUUUCGGGUUAUAUAACGGCAGCUUCUGUGUCAAGAACUGUUGUUGUUAAUGGAGCAGGUGGAAAAACUCAGGUGACGUCGUUAAUAGCAUGCAGUAUAGUAUUAUUAGUUAUUGUUGUUUUAGCUCCAUAUUUCUACUACUUACCUCUAUGCGUUCUAGCAGCGAUUAUUGUUGUAAAUUUACGUGGGAUGUUCUGGAAGUUAACACAACUUAAUCCACUUAGAAAACAAUCAAAGUCUGAUUUUAUAGUUUGGGUUGUGACGUUUAGUGUAUCAGUAUUUGUUGAUGUUAUACCAGGUUUGUUAGCAGGAAUUGCGGUCUCUUUUCUACUUAUUAUCAUCAUCACACAACAAUCACCAGUAACAUUAAAAGGUGUUGUAGAUGGAACACAAGAAACACGAACACCAUCUUUGUAUCAUAGUGUUGACCUGUCUUCCGAUAUUAAAAUUUUACACAUCAACAAACCCUUGUGCUUUGCCAAUUCCGAUAUUUUCGUCCAGAAAGUUUUCAAAAACAUUGACAUAAACAUUAUCAAAGUACAAAAACAAAAAGCCAAAUUAAUAAAAAGUGAAAAAAAUGCGAAUAACUCUAAUCAUAAUGAUAAUGAGUUAAAAGAUCUUGAGCCCUUAGAGGCAGAAAAUAAAAUAGAUGAUACACAAGACGUCAUGCUGUCACUUGAAACUGACAUGUCACUUCCAAAAUAUGUCAUCUUAGAUAUCAGUGGUGUCAGCUUUAUAGACUUAAUGGGUGCUAGCGCUUUACAAUUAAUUAUAACAGAAUUAAAUGAAAUAGAUAUCAAAGUUUUAAUCACAAAUAUAGCAGUUGUUGUGUAUGACACAUUGGAUAGAGUUGAUUUUAUAAAGAAGAAUGAGGAUCGUUUAUAUUUAACUCUGUUUGAUGCUUUACAAGAUAUCAGAACUUCUUCAGAGAGUGCACCAAAUAAUCUUCACUCACAAGAUACGACUGAAGCAUAAUGACGAGGAACAAAUCUUCCCACUAUUUUAUAACACAGAAAACAGUAUUGAUCAACAGAAAUCCAUUUUGUGUUUGUUUACAAUAUAGCUUGUUAUGUAUUCGCUUUAUAUUAAUCAUCAUUAUCUGAAAGAUGCUUCACAAUUACAUACACUCUGUGGCGGCUGUGCUGGAUAUAGACAUAAGCUCAAAUUUUUAUGGUUUUACUUUUACAAUUCCUUAAAUUUCUAUAAAGUAAUUAAAAGGCAUCUAUAUUGUUUAUGGUGAUCCAAGGUCCUGUGUUGGUACCCACUUUUGAGAGACCUUCUGGAAUCUGGAGUAACUUUUUAACAAGGUUCUCCAAGCUUUAUAAUAUGAGUAGCUAAGGGCCUCAACAAGUCUAAAUAUAGCUUUUCUUGUUCCCCAAUGUAGCACCAUAGGUCUUUUGUCUGAUGUGGAGAGUGGAUUAGGGGAACCGGUCGCCACAUCCUACGUAGAACCCAUGCAUCUUUCCUUACUACAUAUUUCUGUAGCUUUGUGAUCGUCUAGAAUUUGUCUCUAGGUGUCUUUACUUCUGCUUCACGUUGUGUAUUUACUUCUUACAGUUUCUUAAGACGUUUGUUUUACCAGGAAUAACAAUGCAACAGUUUGCUUCUACAUUUUAUAGCCGAAUACAUAUGGAUACAAGCAUAGCACAAAUUACAAUACUAGCUAAAACCAUUUCUCUACCCUAGCCAGCCUCGCGGAUGACUAGGAACUCAGAUGGAACCUCUCUGAAAUCUAAUAGAAGUCUGACUUAAAACUUUACUAUGAUUUAUUUUAUAAGACUCCUGGACAUCACGCACAGAAAGCCUGUUCAUGGCCCUGAACCUGUGCAAUUAACGAUAUGAUUGGUUACUUUAUGCCAAAUGAUGCAAUUAGAAUAAUUCCACUCAUGUGUAAUUCUGGUGGUAAAUUAUUGACACCUGUGUUGGUUUAAGAGCUCUUUUUAUGUAACAAUAUAUCAAUUACAGACUAAGUUGAUUUAGUACAAUUCCACAUAUGUGGAAAUCUACCAACUUGCCAAAGAUAUUAAUUAAUGAAAUAUACUGCCAUCAUUAAUUUCAAGAGCAAAAAUUCUAGCAAUAUUAUUACACCAAUAUCUAUCCAUUUCAAAAAACAAAAUCAGCAUAAAACUUAUAUCUGCAUAAUGUUUUUGAACUUUUUCUGGAAUAACUGAAAUCAAUUUAGAGUUGCUAGUAUACUACUUAGUUAAGGCAUGUCUUAUUUUCCAAAACAGACUCCUAAUGCAAAAUACAGAUACAAACAGAAAUAUUUGAGAUGGUUGUAAUUCUAAUACUGGUCCCCAAAAAAAUUCAGAUGAUCUAUUCUUACAUAAGUUUUUGAAAUCAAUAAUUUACUGUGGGUAUUGCUUUAUACGGUUAUGCAUUGUACAUCUCUUUAAUAACUUUAUGGUAAUGUUGCACUGUGGGAUCGCUAUGGUGGAAUAUUAGAGAAGACAGUGUUUGUCGUUUGUCGGCCUUCAAUGGACAUAUCAUGUGUGUCAUGAACUGUUGAUAACUGGUAAUCUGUUUUUUAGAUGUUUGGUAUUAAUAUAAUAUAUUUUCUCAUUGAUGACCAUGUUAUUGAUGUUAUUUGUUCGGCUAAAACCCUACAUUACAUAAAGAAUAUUCUGUCUCUAUUUACUAGUAAUAUAUACAUAAUAUUUGAUUUCUAGAAUUUAUGAUUGAAAAUCUCUAAACCCAAGAUUUAUUUUUAUUGUAGCGGAAUGAAUUGAUUUAUAUUUCAAUGACAUUAAUUACCUCUAUAUUUGAUAUUGUUCAUGUGGAUCUAUUUUUCAUUGUUGUUUAAUUGUGAUGGUUUUUUUUGUGAUGAUUUAAAGAUAAACGAAUAGUUUGAUGGUCAGUAACUUUUAAGGUUGUAAUUUUACAAGUGUCAAGCAAACUGUCAGCAAUUUAGCAAAUUUACUGUUUAAUAAAAUACUGUUUGUCUAUAAUAAAACUUAGCCAAGUGAGGCAUAUCAAUAUAGUUUUAAAAUGAAGUGAAAUAACUUUAGACACCAUGUUAAGAUAUGAUGCCACUAAAACGUUUUGCAGUCAUGGUAGCAUAAUGACUAUUGCUACCUCAUUUCACUGAAGAGUCUGCCACCAUGAAAAUGUCAAUUAGUAAUCAAUGAUUUGGGAGAAUAAAAUAUUCAUUAUAAGUAUGGUAUUAUUGUUUUAGAGUGAGCUUUAUUAGGAGAAAAUGAUCAUAAAUAUGAAGACAAAAUGUAGCUUAUGAGGCCUUAAUUUAUUAUUAGCAUUGUUUUGAAAACAUAUAAUGUAUUUUUAUAGAGCUUAAAUAUGAGAUUAGUAAACUUGAUUGUGAAUAUAUGUGGAGUAUAUAUAGCCUAGCGAGGCCUUAAUUUAAUUGAAAUAAUUAAUUUAUAUUGAUUUAAAAAUAUAUUCUAUAUUGAUUUAAAUAUAUUAUAUAUUGAUUGAUGCUAGUCUUUACCUUAAUUGAAAGUUCCAGAAAAAUGAUUAUUCCAUAUAAAAUUGUCCAAAAUUCAAUGGUUUUUUUAGGUCCUUAAAGGCUCAAUACCACUCUUGUUGUAACAGAAUUAUAUGUCCUAAUCUUUAUUCUGGUCAACAAAUUGUACUAUUUUACAAUAUUCCAAUUAAUUGAUGAUACAAAUUUCAUCUUAACACACCUAAUUUAAAAAAUUGGAAAAAUUCAACUAAAUGAUUUGAAAAGCCUAACAUAAACCUUUUCAAAUGUAACUUGGAUUUAAAAAUAAUUUCGAACCCUCUGGACAAAUAAAAUAGGAUGUAGUGGAUAAUUUACACAAUAGGUAGGACACUUAAACAUCUAAUACUUAAAAUAAGGCUAAUAUUUAUUUACUUGAGCUGUCAAGCCAGCAAGAGUGUUAUUGUCCCUUUAACACAUUUAAUUUUUACUGAAUAAAUAUAAACAAAAAUAACACAAAAUUUGGCUAACUUCGCUCUCUGCACAGACUUGAUGUAUCUGCAUAUAAACAGGACAAAUUAAUUCCAAAUUUUCAUUUUUCUGUUCUUUUAAAAUAUGGUUAUUGUGAAUGAUUAUUGGGUCAUAUAGGUGUUUUACCCUAACAUUUAUAUAAUAUGCAGCUGAAGAUUAAUGUGAAUGAUUAUUGGGUCAUAUAGGUGUUUUACCCUAACAGUUAUAUAAUAUAUAGCUGAAGAUUAUUGUGAAUGAUUUUUGGAUCAUAUUAAUGUAUUUAUCCAGUGUGCCAUAUAAUAUAUAGCUGAAGAUUAUUGUGAAUGAUUUUUAGGUCAUAUUAAUGUAUUUAUCCAGUGGGCCAUAUUAUACACAGCUGAUGAUUAUUGUGAAUGAUUAUUGGGUCAUAUUAAUGUUUUUUAAGAAUAACUAUGGGGUCAUAUUGAUUCUAUAUAUAAAUUAAAUGUUUUGAAGGGAUAAUUAACUUUUUAAGAUGAAUGUUUUAGUUUUUAGAAGUUGAUCAUAAGAUUUACUAAGGAAGGAAUUUUUAAUGGAAUGAUGGUCAUUUUUUGUUUAAAUAUUGUAUUCUUGUGUCGGAAAUUACAGGAAUUUAUUGACGAAUGUUGCCUACUUAAUAUAAUAUAAGGCAUAAAUAUAUACAGUUAGACAUACAGCAGUGUACUCAUUUAUAUAAAUAUACAACACUAUGAGAAAGCAUUGACUUGAUGAAAACCAUAACAAAUCUUUUAGAACAAUACGAAAAGACAGGGACUUGAUAAAUCCGAUAGUGAAAAUUAGAAAAUUAUUUAGCAGUAAAAAGAGAAAAAAAAAAUGUUCAAAUCAUUCUAGCAUAAUGCCCUCAUGUGAAGGUCUCGUGGAUAUUAGCAUUUCGGGGAACUCGUAAUUUUCGUUAAAUGAAAUAAAUUUGAUAUGAACGACAAAUGUUUCUGACAACAAAUUUACACAUACUUUUGUGUUUGAAAGAUCUGUAUCACCGGAUUUGUAUUCACUGCUAAUUUCAAUGACUGAACCCAAAUUUGGGUUUGGGUGGUACGUGGCUGGGCCAGAUAUUUAUAUUUUGGGGUUUUUACUAUACAACCGGUUUAGAUUAUAUAAGUAAUUUCAUAAUAAAUGUUUAUGGUAUAUACGAAUAAAUAUAUUUUAUGGUUUUAUUAGAAUAUAAUUAACAGAUGAUUGGAAUAAAUGAUUAUAUGUGUA